GAAGAGAGGUACCGGUGUGACAGCGUUGAGCAAAAAGAAAGCAAAAACUAAUGACUUCAACUACAGUGGACUGUCCUUUUACAAGCUCUUCCGAGGCUUCAGAACCUUCUUCAAGAUAUUACUCCCUUUUUAAACCAGGAGACCGGGUUGUGGUCCAAUCUGCUGUAAAAGGAGAAGCAUUCUACGGUACAGCAAGAUGGACGGGCCAGAUCAGGAAGGCUCACUUAGGAGAUGCUAUACCAGUCGUUGGAGUAGAGAUAGACAAGAAGAUAAAACUAGACAAACAUUUCCCGGACCUUCAUAUGGACUUGACGGAAGGUCAAACUCUCUUCAAGGUUCCCUUUCACCACACGAGGGUAUUCCUUCCUGAGCAGCUGGUCGUACACGCUGAAGACUUUGAGGUUCAACACCAAAAAGAGAUCAUUACACAAUAUGAGGUCCGGCAGGCGGCAAAAGAGUUCAACCUAACAGCUGAAGAGUAUCAGUACCAGCAAGUGAUACUGGAUAAUUGUAAAUCAGACUCUAAACUGACGAAGGGUACCUCAUUUGAUAGCAAGGACUCAGGCUGUAGUCUCACGUCUGACAAGCUGAGGAGUCUCUCCAUCAAUUCUCCUCUUUCUCCUGGUGACUGUCAGCUUAGUGUGGGAUCAAUGGUAUCCAUAGAAGAUAGUAAUUCUGUCCUUUAUGGUGUCAUUCAAUGGAUUGGCUCACUACCUGGUUGCACUGAAGCUUCGAUGGCUGGAAUUGAAUUGGAUGAGCCAUUGGAAGGAUGCUCUGAUGGUACUUGGGAAGGAAAGAGGUUGUUUGACUGCUCUUCUGGUCAUGGCUACUUCACUUCACUGGAAUCAGUUAAACCAGACAUAAGAUACCUCCUUGAAGAAGAAGAGGGGAAAAGAGACACUAGUAGGAACUACAGCAUUGGAGGAAGACAGUAUGAUGAUUCUCCUGAAGAUAAUAAUGGAGGCAUGAGCUUUGGUUAUCACUCUGGUGUCUUCCAAGAAGAAAGGAGGAGCUUUGAAGAGACUAGGACUGGCUAUCAAGAGAAGGACUCUUAUAGAGAACAAGAAUGGAAAGAAGGAGUUGAUUAUUACAGCAGCAGUCAUAGAAAUCCACCACCAGUUAGUAUUAAUAGCCACAAGAGCAUGAGGCAUGGUAGCUCUAUGAUGACAGGUGGUGGUGGGGGAAGGGAACAAGCAGGAGGUUCUCUAGAAAUGGCAGCUUUAAUACCGUCAGUUGUGCAGUCAAAGUUAAAGGAGCUUGAACAGCAACAGGAUCACUAUCACCCCCAUCACCAGCCUAUCACGUGGAGGAGGGAUGAGAGGAGGGAUGAGAGAGGGAAAGGAGGACACUUUGAGCAGCUACAGAGGAAGGUUGAACUAAUGGAAGAAGCUCAUCAAAGUGUCACUGCAUCUCUUAGAAAGAAAGAAAGCGAUUAUAUCAAUCUUUAUGAAUCACAUGAGAAGCUAAUGGAAGAUUAUGAGGAGAGAGAGCAACAAUAUUUCCAACUUAAGCAAUCCCACGAGAGCCUCUUGUCCAAGUAUGAGGACAUUGACUAUGAUUAUCAACAACUGAAGCAGCUUCAUCAAGAGCUGGUCCGUAAAUACCAGGAAACCAGCAGAGAGGAGAGUCUAGACAGGAAAGAGUUUGCUUCAGUCCAAGCCUCUCACCAACAGCUUGAGUACAAAGUACAGCUAAUGGAGGCUGAGCUUGAGUCAAAGAAUAGGCAGCUAAGCUCAUUGAAGAGGCAGUUGAAUGCAAUAAGGAAUAGCUGGAAGAUAAGGCACACUGAUGUGUCUUUGACAGACACUGAUCUUGGCAGAGGAGGCUGGGGUGUAGUUUUGAUUGGAGAGUUUAGAGGACAAAGAGUAGCUGUGAAACAGAUGCAUGAUGUCAUUCAGGGCACCGAAUAUAUGGAGCUCCUUCAUAGAGAGAUAAAUACAAUGUCUCAGUUGCGUCAUCCUAAUCUCCUCCAGUUUAUAGGAGCUGUGUUAGACCAUCCAUCAGGUAAUCUUAUGAUUAUCACUGAAGUAAUGGAUACCUCAUUACGGAGUGCCUAUGAGAGGAAGGAGCUUACUACUGAUCCUGGCUGUAGACCAGUGAUUCUAUCUAUAAUGCGUGAUGUAGCUGUGGGUUUAAACUACCUACACUGUCUACCUGAUCCUAUUAUUCAUCGUGAUGUCAGCAGUGCUAAUGUACUACUGGAAUCAAAGGGACACAACAAAUGGAAGACUAAGAUAUCCGACUUUGGAUCGGCUAAUUUAGCUCAAGCAGCUUUCACCAAAGCCCCAGGAGCUCUUGUCUAUGGAGCACCCGAAUGUUUCCAAAGUGUCGUUGAUUCUGGGAGACUUCAAACGACAAAAGUUGAUGUGUUUAGCUAUGGAAUAACUCUCUGUGAGAUCUUGACGUGUCGUUUUCCAGAGCACCAGUACUUCCAGCAGAUGUUGCAGAGUAUAAAGGAAUACAAUCUAUCUAGUUUGAUUGAGCAGUGCACUCAGAAGAGACCUCAAGAGAGGCCGGACAUGAAACAAGUUAUUGAUAGCAUUGAUAAAGUUAUUUCUUUUAUGUAAAAAAUUUAAUCAUCAUUAUUAUUGUUUGUUUACUCUGUUGUCCUAAUGCUGCUUUAAAAAGGAA